GCUUAUAUUAACAAAAAAAUGAAAACAAAUACUUCAUUACAUUCAGUAUCAAGUUCCGCACAACAAUAUAUUUUUCCAACACAAUCCGAAAUUCGUAAACGUGCUUAUAUUAACGAAAAAAUGAAAAUAAAUACUUCAUUACAAUCAAUACCAAGUUCCGCACAACAAUAUUACCAAGCAAUCGAUGUAAGAGACAUUGUAGAAUCCCAAGAAGCACCUAAACAAACAAAAUCGAUUAAUUUCGAUCUUUCCGAUCAUGAACCAUCGUUACAUUCUGCACCAAUUACUCGAGAACCAACGUUUGAAUCGCUCAGCAUGUCGUCGAAAAGAAUGCAAAUGAGACAUUCUUUUCCUAUAACAUCAAAAAAUAAAUAUGAUUCGAAUCCAAAUUUAAACGAGGCUAUCAUACACCAUCCAGAUACACAUCGUUUAUUAAUCGUUCCAAUUUCAGUAAAUCAAUCUUAUGAAGCUGUUGGUGUUGAAGAAAGUCCUAGUAUAAUUGAGGAGAUAUCUAAAAAGGAUGAUAUAUCAAAAAGUAAAUCAAGGGAAGUAUCUAAAACUAGAUCAAGGGAUGAAUCAAAAAGUAUGUUAAUGCAUAAGUCAAUAGAGAAAUCAAAAGAUAGAUCAACUAAUAGAUCUUUAGAUAGGAAUCUAUCCCACCAAAGAUCUCCAUUAAAAUGUAACGAAGCUGUUGGUAUUGGGGAAAGUCCUUGUAUAAUUGGGGAGAUGUGUAAAAACGAUGAAACUUGUAAUGAAUUAAAUGAUGAAUCAAUGGUUGAACCAUCACAUGGUUUUAUACCAAGAGAUAUAUCAAACCGUCAAGAUAUAUCAAAAACUAAAUCAAGAGAUAUGUCUAAAACUAGAUCAAAAGAUAAACCAAAAAGUAUACCAAUGCAUAAAUCAGUAGAAAACUCAAAAGAUAGAUCAACCAAUAGGUCUAUAGAUAGGAAUUUAUCCUGCCAAAGAUCUCGAUUAAAAUCUAAUGAUCUUGAAGAAAAUUUGAAAAAGACGUCUAGUGGUGCUCAAAAAGUAAUGAAAAAAUCUAGUAGUAGUAUUGAUAAAUGUUGUGGGCCAUCAUCGCACGAACGUUAUCCUUGGUCUAAGUUUAGGUUAAAUAAAUCGAUUAGCGGAGGAAGCUGGGAUAUGUCAUGGAAAGAUUCGCGUGAUCUCACCGCACAAAAUUUUCCACCGGUGAAUCUGCCAAGUAGUAAAUCGUUUCUUCUUCAAAGUUGUGUUAAUGAAGAUUAUACAUCUUCUUCUAAUCAAUGUUUAUGUCCAAGUUGUCAGUAUAGGCCAAAAACAUCAGCUAUAAAUCAUGAUAGAGGCUCGCAAAAAUCUGUGGUUGUGCAAGAUCCCAAGAAAUUUGUAGGAAGCAGCUCUGUUUUUGACAGAAAAUAUGUUUGCAAUAGGGAUUAUGUGUUUCCACCACAUGAAGAUAAUAAAAAAGUUAAAGAUUUCCGAGCCAGCGGAAUGUCUGUUCCGCCCAUUGUUCAACCCGUUAUCGGAGUUUGCACCGAUAGAAAAUGUGGUGGUACCGGGAACGAAAAAUUAUUGGACGUUCGCUAUUCUGUAGUCCGGAUAUCCACUUUCACCGAUUAUACAACCUACGAAAUUUUAAAAUCGAGCGCUAAGAAACCUAGAAAAAUGCCGUGCAUCGUCGAAGGAAUUUUUGUUACUAAAAGGUGAUCUCUGUAUUCAAUUAAAAAAAAAACGAACAAAAUAAUAAACAAAUUAAA